CCCGAGAGCUGCCCGCAACCCAAGAGCUACCCGCCACCCGCUGAGAGUUACCCGCCCGCCGAGAGCUACCUGCCGCCUGACAGCUACGCGCCACCCGCCGGCUGGGACCCGCCGACCUACGCAGAACGACCGCAGGGCCCGCACGCUGGUGCAAAUGGCGCUUUUUCCCAGAAAUGGCAAGGCGAGCAAGCGCCUGGGUUCAGUAAACGUUUUCCAGAAGAAAAUAACAAGCCAAAGACCAAAAAGAAAAAGGAGCCAGUUUUCUCUCAUUAUUGUGAUACCUGUGACCGUGGCUAUAAAAACCAGGAGAAGUAUGAUGAACAUAUUUCACAACAUAAACAGUGCACAGAAGAAGGUUGCAAUUUCAGCGCACAUGAGAAGAUAGUGCAGAUACACUGGAAGAAUGCACAUGCACCUGGUGCUAAAAGAAUAAAAUUAGAUAGUCCAGAAGAGAUUGCUAGAUGGAGAGAAGAAAGAAAAAAAAAUUUUCCUACAUCGGCAAACAUUGAAAGGAAGAAGGCGGUGCAGAUGCAGAAGGAAGAAAGGGGGGAAGUGCUGACUACCCAACAGUUCGGCAAAAUGAAGGGAAUGUGGAAACCUCCAGAAAAUGGAGAGAGGUUUGGGCAGCAAGGAAGACAGAAGAGAAGGCAAAGGCGCCCUUUCUGGAAGAAAUUUAGGAAAAAUAAUGAUGAUUAUAAUGUACAUAGAACUCAAAAUGAAGCCAACGAACCAGAAAACAGCAUGUGUGAAAAGGAACAUGAAAAACAGUGUGCUUUGGCAGCUCAGCCAUGCACGAAGGACAUGGACCCUCUUAGUCUUCUGGCAAACAAUGACAUUGAAUCUGACAAGGACGAAGCAGUGCCUGAAGAGGGGAAGCUGGGAUUGACUGUUGUUCCCAAGCAGGUCACCUCUGCCCUGAGUUCGUUGUCCGCCAACUACGGCAGCGCAUCCGACAGCGAGCCUGAAGAAAUCCCUGUCAAGACUGCAACAAAAGCUGAGGAAAACCAGGCUGCGCUCAGAAAUACACCUCAAACUACUUCUGUUCCGUGGAGUCGAAACCUGAAUCAAAAACGUCCAGAAUAUGCAGGCACAACGUUAAGAAGCUCAAAUUCAAAUGCACGCCCCCCCAGAGGGCCUGAUAACUGGGGCAAGAAAGCAUUGCCUGUCCUUCUGAAGCGCCGUCCAACUCUGCUGGAAAUGUUACUGGCCCAGGACAUCCGACACGAAAGGAAUGUGAUUUUGCAGUGUGUUCGAUACCUCAUCCGAAAUAACCUGUUUGGACUUCAUUUUAAAACAGAACCACAAGCUGAAACAGAGACUGAACAGUCCUCUACAACUGCAACUACAGCAGAGUCUUUGACGGACAAACUAGAUGAAUCUAAUUGUUCUUGUAGCUCUGACCUUCAGUUAGCAGGAGGAGAAGAUGAUGCAUUAUUAAUAGCCCAGAGUGAGAAAGCACCUGUGGAUCAGACUUCACAGAUGGCUCACUUGGCAGAUGAGGACACAUGGGAAACCCCAUCAAUUCAGUGUGAAGAAGCACUGUAG